AUGUCUUCGGAGAAGGACUUUGCAGAGUUUUCAGCUUUGUUCGAGAGAAUGAUCCGACAAGGCAAAGGUCUCUCUCGAUUCUUACCCUUGAUCUUAUUUUUAGCCGGUGAAGCCAUUGAGGACGGUGAAUCAUCCGAUCAGACGGGGAGACAGAGAGGGAUCGUCAUCGAUUCGGUGAACCGGAGAGUUAUGAUAAUCAGAUCAGCUUUGGGAUAUUUCUUAAAGGAAGACGUUUCUGGGAAAUAA